GCUUGAAGUAGCGAACUUGUGGCUAUUCUUUUUCGUUUUCGUUUUCGGCUGCCUAGAGACGAAAUGCCGUCGUAGCCACUUGUUUUUUAUGGUCGGUUUGAAACCGUGCUUUUUAGCAAUUGGCCUAUCCGCCUUGAACAGUCUCUGCGAGUCGGCAGCGUGGUAACACGAGCAGCUGAAUGGCAGCUUGUAUCGCGAGGCCGUCGUCGUUCGCGCCCUCGGGCGGGACAGUGCUCAGGCCGCGGAGGAGUGCUGCUAACCGUGGAGGUUUCAACAGCAAUUAUGCAGGAAGGUCGAGUUUGGUGAGGGUGGUUGGUUCUUCCCAGGACGUUAGAAAGGAGAAUGUUGUCAUUGUGGGAGCCGGAAUUGCUGGACUUGCCACUGCCUUGGCUCUUCAAAGGUUGGGUAUCAGAUCUUUGGUGUUGGAGCAGGGUGAGUCCCUUAGAACUGGUGGGACUUCCUUGACCCUCUUCAAGAAUGGGUGGAAGGUUCUAGAUGAACUGGGAGUUGCAGAUAGUCUCAGAAGCCAGUUCACUGAGAUUCGAGGGAUGGUUAUUAAAUCUGAAGAGGGCAGAGAACUGAGAAAUUUUGACUUCCAGCAUCUUGGCCAAGAAGUACGUGGUGUGGAACGAAGGGUCCUUUUGGAAACUAUGGCAAGUCAGUUGCCCUCAGAUGCUGUAUGUUAUGCAUCUCGUUUGCAAGCUAUUCACAAAAAUCAUAUGGGUGAAACCUCCCUUGAACUUGAGGAUGGCACAAGAUUAGCCACAAAGGUGUUAAUUGGUUGUGAUGGAGCACGCUCAUCAGUGGCAAAAUGGAUGGGAUUCUCAAACCCAUCAUAUGUUGGACACUCUGCAUAUCGUGGCCUUGGGAUGUAUCCCAAUGGUCAGCUAUUUAAUCCAAAAGUUCACUACAUCUAUGGGAGAGGCUUACGUGCUGGUUAUGUUCCAUUAUCGCCCAUGAAAGUAUAUUGGUUCAUCUGCUUCAACAGCCCAUCACCAGUCCCGAAGGUUAAGGAUCCAUUACUACUUAAGAAGGAAGCUUUGGAUCUAGUUAAGAAUUGGCCUGGAGAGUUGUUGGAUGUGAUAGAGAGAACUCCUGAAGACACAAUUGUCAGGACACCACUGGCAGACCGGUGGCUAUGGCCAUUAAUCAGCCCACAGGGCUCAUCAGAUGGAGUGGUGCUGGUUGGAGAUGCAUGGCAUCCAAUGACACCCAACUUGGGCCAAGGUGCGUGUUGUGCAUUAGAAGAUUCAAUUGUUCUAGCAAGGAAGCUGGCAAGUGCCCUUGCGCAUGGCGAUGCAGGUUCUGCACAUGUGAACGAAGCAUUGCAGGCAUACACCAAUGAAAGAUGGCGGCGUAUUUUCCCGCUGACGUUGCGCGCCAACCUCGUCGGCUCGCUAUUGCAGUGGGAGAAUCAAGUGGUAUGUGCCAUUAGGAACAACAUAGUCAUUCCUAAGCUGGUGAAGCUGGAACCUUUGCUGGAGCACACAAAUUAUGACUGUGGGUCUCUGCAGACGACUGAAGGCCUGAAUGCUGGCUAGUCUACAAGGCUCUGCUAUACUGAGAAGUUUGCACCACGACAGUGGAAUGUGCUUUUGUAGUACAAGCGUGUAAAUCUUUCCUACGUAUUUGGUACUAUCAUUGAUCUGUAAGGGAACAUAUUUGUUAUACGAAAGGGGUCUAUGCAAAAAAAAAAAAAACAAGUCUAUUUACAGGAAAUCCACGCAAUUUAAAAG